GUGAGGGGCGGGACUUCCGCCUCGCCUUCGGUGUUGUCGUCCGCGCUCCGACUCGGCUGUGGGGGUCGGUGCGGAGAUCCAGUCAUGAAGUCGGGGUAGAGACUUCUGCAGCGACGCGGCUGGCGUGCCUGUUUGUGUGGCGGGGUCAGCUUCCAGGUGAUUCUGCAGCGAGAUGCUGCUCUCCAUAGGGAUGCUCAUGCUCUCGGCCACGCAAGUCUACACCAUCCUGACUGUCCAGCUCUUUGCAUUCUUAAACCUCCUUCCUGUAGAAGCAGACAUUUUAGCAUAUAAUUUUGAAAACGCAUCUCAGACAUUUGAUGACCUUCCAGCAAGGUUUGGUUAUAGACUUCCAGCUGAAGGUUUAAAGGGAUUUCUGAUUAACUCGAAACCGGAGAACGCCUGUGAGCCGAUCGUGCCUCCGCCAGGAAGAGAUAACUCAUCUGGCGCCUUCAUCGUGUUAAUUAGAAGACUUGAUUGUAAUUUUGAUGAAAAGGUUUUAAAUGCACAGAGAGCAGGCUACAAAGCAGCCAUAGUCCACAAUGUUGACUCCGAUGACCUCAUUAGCAUGGGAUCCAACGACAUUGAGGUACUAAAGAAAAUUGACAUUCCAUCUGUCUUUAUUGGUGAAUCAUCAGCUAAUUCCCUGAAAGACGAAUUCACAUAUGAAAAAGGGGGCCACAUUAUCUUAGUUCCAGAAUUUAGCCUUCCUCUGGAAUACUACCUAAUCCCCUUCCUUAUCAUAGUGGGCAUCUGUCUCAUCUUGAUAGUCAUUUUUAUGAUCACAAAAUUUGUCCAGGAUCGGCAUAGAGCUAGGAGAAACCGACUUCGUAAAGAUCAACUGAAGAAGCUCCCUGUACAUAAAUUCAAAAAGGUCUUUCCCAACAUCAGGGUCUUUUCCAAUGAGUCAGCUCUUCGCAUCAGGUGGCCAAAAUAUUGGAGUUUCAGCUUCAACAUCCGUCCUUCCAAUGAACACCCAAGACUGAUUUCCUUUAGGAUGGACUGGUUGGAUCUCCUUGCAGUCCAAGGGACUCUCAAGAGUCUUCUCCAACAAAAAGCAUCUCCAGUUCAAAAGCAUCAAUUCUUCGACGCUCAGCUUUCUUUAUAAUCCAACUCUCAUAUCCAUACAUGACCACUGGAAAAACCAUAGCCUUGACUAGACGGACCUUUGUUGGCAAAGUAAUGUCUCUGCUUUUCAAUAUGGUGUCUAGGUUGGUCAUAACUUUCCUUCCAAGGAAAGGGAAAAAAUUUCCAAGGAAAGAGGGUCAGAAAGGCAAAACAUUUAAUGUCACCUCGCCAGUACUGAUAGAGCCGGGAGGGGUCUAACACUCUAGCUAAGGGAGUUUCUCUUGCUUAAGCUUCGUGAGCUUUCAGUGCGGUACAUGCUUAUUAAAUCUUUUUGGCCAGUAGUUCCCUAGAGUUUUCAAUUUCUAUGCCAGUAAAAAUGUUCUAUUUUUUUAAUUCAGUAGAGAAAAUGCAUAGAGAGUGGAAAGGAGGAAAAGAGAAGGCAUUAAAACUUAAUUCUGUCAACUAUACUUCAAUUUAAAAAAAUUAGUUCUGCAAAUUGUUUAUUUUUCCAAGUAACAACUAUUCAAAAAACCUACCAAAUAUAAUAACCAUUACUUUAUGAAAAAUAUAAAGUUUAACAACAGAAAUACAGGAAAAUUGAAUGUUAAAUAAAUACCAACAUUUAUAAAAAUGCAGUGCGCUGUCGUCAUACAGUGUAGAUUAAUUAAAAGUUACUCAUAGGCCAAUUUGAGGGCUGGCUUUAGGAAUCACUUUUUAAGGCUCCAUACGUUCAUUCCUCAACUGGAAGUAUUGGUAUAAAGGUGUAUUUAAAUCACGAGACUGCUGAUACCACCAAGAGAAUGAGUAUGACUGGACAGAGUGCCAGACGUUCUGGGGCAGCCUCACCCUGAGUAAGGAAGAGGUGGGGUCAGCAGUGGAGACCGAGAAGAAGUGACCAGCUAUACAGGGGAAAAUCAGAAAACAGUGGUCUACCAGAAGCCAGGUGAUCCCAGUCUCCAGAGAGCAAAGAGUGAUUGAUAACCUGUCAAGGGUUCCUGAUAGAUCAAUGAGAACUGAUUGAUUACUGAUUAUCAUCAUCUGCAGUUUUGACAGAGUGAUCAGUCCAAAAACCUGACUCUGGUGGGUUUGAAAAUGGAAGGAGAGGAAUAGUAACUAUAGACAACUUUUUCAAGAAAUUUAACUAUAAAGGAGAGCAAAGAAAUGGUGUAGUAGCUGAUAGGGGAAAUUUCAUUGAGAAAUAAUAGCAUGUUUGCUGAAGAAAAUUGAUGAUGUAGGGGAUAGAUGGGAGAAUUGCUAUAAUCUCUGUCUUUGCGAAGGCAGGAAGGCAUGGGAUCUGGUGUGCAAAUAGGUGGAUGGACCUUAGAUAGGCACAUGGAGAGCUAAGCUCAGGUAAAGUAGAAUAUGUGGGCACAAAAUCCUGGCGGUGUUUCUGGUGGUCAAGAUGUGGAAGCAUUCUUUACUUCAUGGCUCUCAGUGAAGUAGGAAACGGAAUCAGCAACCAAAAGAUAGGACAGGGGAGGAGAUGUUGGAGGUUUAAGGACAGAAAGGUCCAGUACAUUAUUCCAGGAGAGCAGAUGGACAGAUGGAAGAGGGAAAUAUGCUUGCCUGGGAGCCUGAACCUCCCUUUCAGGUUCAUAGUUAUGAACCAGUCAGCAUAACUGUGUUUUUCUGUAGCCAUGUUCAUCUGUAUGGAGCGGUGUCCAUCUUUCCUAUACCUUCACAUUUUUUUAGAAAUGUGAAGUAUAAUGUGUAUGCAGAAAAGGAUAUAAGACAUUUUUCUGAAACUUUCCAGUUCAAGAAACAGAACCUUAUUAGUACCACAGAAACUACUGUGUCCCCAUCUAGACUAGGACCCUUUCCUCCUCACUGGGAGUGAUCACCGUGCUGGCGUGUGACAAUCAUGUCAUUGCCUUUCUCGUAAGUUUUAUCACCUAUGUAUGGAUUCCAAAACAGUAUGAUACACUUUUUCUAUUUUUGAAUUGUAUCCUUUGGUCCUUCCUCCUUAACAUUUUUUGGAUGCAGUUAACCCACUUUAUUGCAUGUGUGUGUAGUUCGUUCAGUGUCAUUUCAUUGUGGAAAUACAUCGUUUAUCCAUUUUACUGUUAAUAGACAAUUGGGUUUUUGUUUUGUUUUUUAUUUUUUAUUGAAGUACAGUUGAUAUACAACGUUCUGUUUCCCCAGUUUGGGGGGAUCUUUACAGACCAUACUUUUAAGAACAUUCUUGUACAUAUAUCCUGGUAUAUAUGAGCAUGGAUUUCUUUAUAGAGUACAUACCUAGAAAUAAGAUUAGCUGGCUCAUAGGAUAUACAUAUCUUCUAUUUUAUUGGAUAAUACCAAAUCUGUUUCAAAGGGAUGAUGUUAACAGUUUAUAUUCCCAUCAAUAUGUAUAGGAGUUCCUCUCACCUCACAUCUGAACCAAUAUUUUGUACUGACAGACUUUUAAAUUUUAGCCAACCCAAUGGGUUUAUAAAGAUAGCUCAUAGUGGUUUUAAUUUACAUUUCGCUCCUUGUCAGUGAGGUGAAGUGCCUGUUUUUAUUUACUAGUUAGAUUUUCACUUCCAUGAAGCACCUUCCAUGUCAUUUUUCCUGUUGGGUUGUGCUCCCCUGUUUUUACAUGUAGGAGGAAUUCUUCAGAUAUUCGCACAACACCCCCCUCCUCCCGCAGAGUUGUGGGUGUGUUGGUGAAUCAGCUCUUCACUGAUUUUAUGUGUCCUAACUGUUUUCCGGUUUCGUUGCUUAUUUUUUUCACAGGACUAAAGUUCUUUUAUGUUUUGCAUGUUUUAAAAGAACUUCUUCCAUACUCUUAAGAUCAUAUGGAUAUUAUAUUAUUUCCUGAAAGCUUUAUAAUUUUGCCUGUUAUGUUUGGACAUUUAGUCUAUCUAAAUUGAUUCUGUAAAAUUGGGGCCCAAUUUGUUUCCAGUUUGAUAUUUUGUAUAAGGAUAUACAGUUGUCCCAGAGCUAUUAAACAUACACUGUUUGUAGUGUCGGUCAACUGUGACACAAUCCAGUGUCCGUGCGUGUGAGUUUGUUUCUGGACUUCUGUUAGUCUUAUUCUUAUCUCAGUUACUCUAGAUUUAUGGUGAGUCUUGAUAUUCUGAUUGAGUUAGUCCUCCUGCCUUGCUCUUCAACAAUUUUUUAGCUAUUCUUGGCACUUUGCAUUUCCAUGUAAAUUUAAAAUCAGCCUGUCAAGGCCACCCUACCUCCAAAUAUAUAAAUAUAUGUACAUAUUUAUAUAUAUAGUUAUUGUAUUUUUUGUAAUAAAAUAUACAUAAAAGUGACCAUUUUAGCCAUUUUUAAGCGUAAAGUUCAGGGACAUAAGCUGUAUUCACAUGUGCAGUCAUCACCACCAUCCAUCUCCAGAACUUUUCCAUCAUCCCAAGUGGAAACUCUGCACCCAGUAAAUAGUAACUCUCCAUUUCCCCCCUAAACAGCCCAUGGCAACUACCAUUCUGCUUUCUAUCUCUGUGAAUUUGGAUAUUCUAGUCAUGUAGUGAAGUGAAAGUCGCUCAGUCAUGUCCAGCUCUUUGCGACCCCAUGGACUACCCAGUCCAUGGACUUCUCCAGGCCAGAAUACUGGAGUGGGUAGCCUUUCCCUUCUCCAGAAGAUCUUCCCAACCCAGGGAUCAAACCCAGGCCUCCCUCAUUGCAGGUGGAUUCUUUUCCAGCUGAACCACAAGGGAAACCCUCUAGUCUUUUAAGCAGAAUAAUAAGUAACUGGCUUGCUUGACUUGGCAUAAUGUCCUCAAUAUCCAUGCUGUAGGUUCAUCCACGUUGUAGUAAUAUGUCAGAAUCUCUUUCCUUUUAAAAAGGCUGAGUAGUAGUCAUAAUAUUCUAUGUAUAUACCACACACUAUUUAUCCAUUCAUGUGUCGAUAGAUACCUUGGUGCUAUUGUGAAUAAUGCUGCUAUAAACAUAGAGGUUUAUAGACAUCUGUCAGUCUCUGCUUUCAGUUCUUUUGGGUGUAUAUCCAGAAGUGAACUUGCUGGAUUAAAUGGGAAUGCUCUGUUGAAUUUUUUGAGGAGAGCUAUACUAUUUUCUAUAGUAAGAGCAUCAUUUUACAUUCCCACCAGCACUGCACAAGGCUCCGUUUUUUACAUCCUUGCUAAGGCUGUCAUUUCCUGGUUUUGUUUUUGAUAGUAGUCAUGCUGAUGGAUGUGACAUGGUGUCUCACUGUAGUUUUGACUUGCCUUUCCCUGACGAUUAGUGAUGUUAAGUAUGUUAUCAUGCGCUUACUGUUGUUUGUCUGUCUUCUUUGGAGAAAUUUCUAUUCAAGUUCUUGGUCCUACUGUAUUCAUCCUUAACCUUUUGGGAAAUAAUUUCAAACUUAGAAAAACUUUGCUUCAAAGUUUAAAAACUUUUGUUCUGAGAAAGACUCUGUUAAGAGGAGAAAACUUUGCAUGAUUUCUCCAAAAGCACCCAUAUACCGUUUAUUCAGAUUCACCUGUUACUUACAAUAUUUGUUACCAUAGGGUUGCCGUAAUAAAGUACCACAAACUAAGUGUCUUAAAACGAGUGAUUUAUUUUCUCACAGUUCUGGAAGCUAGAAUUCCGAAAUCAAGGUGUUGGCAAAGUUGUUUUUCUUCCUGAUCUGAGGAAGGGUUCUUCCUGUCCCUCCCUUGUUUCUGGUGUUUGCUGGCAGCUCUUGGCGUUACUUCCACCGGGUAUUGAAUGGUAUUAAGAAAUUACUAUUCAUUUUGUUAGGUCUGAUCAUAGUAUUGUGAUUACAUCUUUUAAAAGUCCUUAUCUUUUAGAGAUACAUACUAAAGUAUGUGUUGGUAAAAUGAUAUAUCUCAGAAUUUGUUUUAAAUACUUCAGGGAAAAAAAAGCAGAGGAAGGUAGACCUAGCAAGAAGAGCAGAAGCUGAAACUCAGUGAUGGUACAUGAGGUGGUAUAAUGGUAUUUGUCGUGUCCAACUCUGCAACCCCAUGGACUAUAGCCUGCUAGGCUCCUCUGUCCAUGGGGUUUUCCAGGCAAGAAUAUGGGAGUGAGGUUGCCAUUUUUUUCUCCAGGGCAUCUUCCCAACCCAGGGAUCAAACCUGCAUCUUUUGUAUUGGCAGGCAGAUUCUUUACCACUGCACCACCUAGGACGCCUGGUAUAAUGGUAUACCAUUAUACUCUUGUGUAUAUUUGAAACUUUUCUAAUUUAAAAAAAGUAGAGAAAGAAAGUAACUAGCUGUCACUAGAUCUUAUGUCCAAAAGGAAAUCCAGUAGAAGUCAGUGAGGAAUGUUCAUCAUUUUACCUCUUCUUGCUGCGGGAAUCAUUCCAUUUUAGGAAUUACAGACAGCUCUAAAAUGCCGCUGGAAUCACAAGUAAUUUCCUUUCCUAUAGCCGGUUCCUAGUCUUCCUUCUACCACAAAUAAACUUUAUUAGUUGGAGGGGUGGGGGCUCAUAAGUAACGUAUCAUUAAGUUGUUCUUAUGAACCUCAUAGCAGUGAGGAAGUUAGCAGUUAACUUUUAGAAAUCAGCAGAAUGUUACAGUGGAAAGAAUAUAGGAUAUGGAACCAAAAGACCUGCUUCUUAGUGAUUAGCUCUGUGGCCUUGAGCACUUAACCUCCCUCUCUGGUAAUACUUGCUGAAAGUAACUCACAAAUAUAAAUUAUUAUAGACCCCAACUAAGCAAGUUUAGUAUCAUGCUAGCUGUAAAGUCUAUACAGUUUCACAGGCCAGCUUAGAUACUCAGGAUGCCUUAACUUUGGAAGAAAAAGAAAUCUGAAGUUGUUCUAUAGCAGUGUCUCCCUUGUGUCCUUCUAGAGUAUUUCUUACAGUUAGGCUCUUUUUUUGUUUUUUCAGUACUCUGUUACGGGAAAUGUUUUCACAAAUAUAUUGCCUCAUUUGACUUAUUAUCCAUGAUCUGUAGUUUGACUUUUUAUUUAAAGAUGUUUUCCCCCAAAUGGUAUUAUAUUAGCAAAUUUUCAUAGGCUGAUCAUCCUCUAAGACUCAUUUUAGUAAUUUAACAAAUGUUUAUUCGUUUCAUGGUGGCUAUGCUCUGAAAGAAGCAAUGAAUUAUUUUAUAAAGUUAGUUUGCAGUCUCUGUCCUCAAAAAAAAAAAAAAAAAAAAAAAAAGUGUGUGGCUCAGAAAGUCUCAACAUUUUUCUGCUUCCCUAAAAUUGACAUAUGCAACUCACUGCCACCAGUAACUUCUCUUCUGCGCCAUGGUUUUCAGUGCUGGGUGGUUGUAGGUGGGGUAGGCAUCUCUAGGCAGUGAGUGACUGCUAUAGUCAGUCAUCAGUAUUUUGAGUCCUCUUCUUCUGUAAAGUGGGAAUCUCCUUUGCUGCCAUUUAUUCUUUGGUUCACUGCUUGCUUAAAAAAUAGCACACAUUUGAUCUAUGGGCUUUGUAUCAGGUGAUUAUCUCCUUGGCCCUUGCCUCUUCCUGGAGCUAUUCCUGGUGACUUCCAUCCUUUAUCUCCCACCUUUCUCUUGAGCACUGGCUCCAUAUGCCCCAUUAACUAAUAGACGUCUGUGCCUGGAUAUACAGUCUUCAAGUUCAGUAUGUUCAGAACUGUUUUUCCUUUUGCAUUUAGUCAACGUUUGUUUGACCAGCCACUGUGCUUGGUGUUAGAGAUAGCAGCUUACUGUCUGUAACUAUAUACAGUAAGAGAACCUCUAUAGUUUAUUCUGAGAAUCUUUUUAAAAUUUUUUUAUUUAUUUAUGGCUGCUCUGAGUCUUCAUUGCUGUGUUCAAGGUUUCUCUAGUUGCAGCGAGCAGGGGCUACUCUUUCUGCGGUGCAUGGGCUUCUCAUUGCAGUGACUUCUCUUGUUGCCACUCUACUUUCAGAGAUCAGAGCAAACCUGUACUGUAUGUCUUAUAUUACAAUAAAGUGUGUGGUCCAGGAAGAGUAGAUACUCUGUCUUUGCAGAGAUAUUAUUGAUACAUUUUGACACUCUGUAGUCUAAAUAAGCUCCACACAUACUGUUCAGGCUAUAAUUAGUCUUUAGUAGUAGUUACAUUAUUUCAGGAUAAAACACAGUCACAAAAUACUAACCACUUCCUUAACAUUUAGAAUUAAUUUACCAACUCGUACAUUUAAAAAAAAAAUACCAGCUUGUAUGCAGUUAAUUUUCUCCCAGCCCCUGUCCUGUUCCUUUUAUAUGUUGUAUCUUAAUAAUGUCAAAUAAAACACUUAAAAGUUGUUGGAUUUCUGUUAAAUGAAAAUAGCCAUCACGUAAGAUUACAUGUGUUAUCUUUGAUUUACCCCUUCUCUAUUAUUACCUGUGUCUAGUCUCCAAAUGCAAUGAGUGAGUUGUUCUUCCAGAAUGGUUAUUGGGUCUGAUCAUGUCUUUCUUUUGGUCACUUUAUCAUGCAAGCCAACAUCAGUUUAUUGCUUGAUUUUUGAGAGGACUAAAUAUUAGGUCAGUUUAACCAUCUCUAGGCUGAUCUGUACAUCCCAGGCCCAGGUCCCUUCAUCACCCUUAUGAAGAAUUUUUAAGAUGCUGUUUCAUACAUCAAUUAUUCCUCUGCUUGAAAGCUUUCAGUUGGCCUCUACUGUCUAAGAGAUGCCAAGAUCAAGUCUUCCAUCUCGGUGUUAAAAACUUUCAGAAUUUGACUCCACCAAACUCAUCCAACUUUACUUCCCACUGCUCUUUAUUUCUAGCUUUGCAUACCUUUGAUCUUGCCCUGUUUCCAUGUUUAUUUCUUCUUUGCAACAGUCUCAGCUGUUACCUUCCCAAUCCUGUCUUUUCCUCCUUAGUUUUUUUCAAUUCAGUUUACCUUUAAGACUUGGCCCUCGGUGCCUGUCUAAGCACUCUUCUCUAGUAUCUCCUGGUACAACAGCUCUCUUUCCGUGGAUAUCUUCUGUUUAUCAGUAGACACAGUGUUGAGGAUCGCCACUGUGCAAGCAUAGUAUUCCUUAUGGACUUGGUUGCAUAUUGUCUUCUGUUGUCUUGAGAGUUGGCGAGAAUAUUCAGCAUGGAAGUAGGAAGACAGGCCAGUUUAACUCCCGUCAGGAUCUAUACAGAAUUUACCUACACUAUUAGCUUUUUGUACUUAGACCUAUCUGAUUAGGUCCUCUGAUAAAAGUUUCAGGCAGAAAUCAGGAUUUCCUGGGAAUAACUUAUGUAGUUAUUCGUACAUUCUUCCAGCAGAUACUUACUGAGUGAUUUUACUGU